AAGGUUAUGGCCUUUUUCGAAUGGGAAUAGUGAAGAACAACUGAAAAGAGAAGAACUGAUCCGAUCGGAAGCUCGUCGACAGUAUGAAAAUAUCCGAAAAAAUCGAUUAGAAUUGGACAAAAUAUCAACAGGGAAUGAAAGUACGAUUGAAGAAAUAAAGGACGAUCCAAUUUUGGCAAAAAUGAUCCCGACUUUGAAUCAAGAACAUCUCGAUGUUUAUCGUGAAACAAUAAAAAAUACAGACUUUCCUGAAUCCGGAAAUGAGGAUCAGCUGAAAGAAUGGUCGAAAAACUUUAUAGACACAAGGAAUAAAUUUCGAAAUGAAUUUGACAAAAAGUUUGAAAUGACAGUGGGAGGGACUACAAUUGGAGAAACUGAUAAUAAAUUAAUAAAAAAAGGGAAUUCAAUGAAAAGCUCAACGCAUGGAUCGAAAACAACAGAAGAUGAACCAACGAAAAUCCUAAGAAGAUACAAAGAUAAAAAGACAAAAACACCGGUCAGCAUGAUAAGGUCAGAAUCAACAUCGAAACCAACAGAAAAUAAAACGACCGAAAUUCUAUCAAGUGAUUCGUCCCAAGUUGAAAAGCCAUCAAAUCUCAGCUUAAUAGACGAACAACAAUCAACAUCGAAACCAGCAGAUGAUCGAAGCACAAUAAUUCCAGCAAGUGAUUCGCAUCAAGUUAAAAAGCCAGAAUCAACAGUCAGCGAUGUAAAAGAUCAACAAUCGAUAACCAAACCAGCAGAUGAACAGGUCACCAAAAUUGAAUCUAGUGAUUCGCAGAUAGUCAAAAAACCACUAGCUAAUAUUGAACAAUCGACAUCGAAACAAACAGAAAGUCAGAAAACAACAGAAGAUGAAUCAACGAAAAUCCUAAGAAGUGAUUCAGACAAAGAUAAAAAGGUACAAACACCGGUCAGCAUGAUAAGGACAGAAUCAACAUCGAAGCCAAAAGAAAGUCAAACAGUAGCCGAUAGUCAGAAAGAACUUUUGUCUCAAUUCAAAAAACAAGAAACUACAUUCAGCACUGUAAACGAACAACAAUCAACACCGGAACCAACAGUAAGUCAAGCGACCGAAAACCAGAAAGAAGUUUCGUCCCAAGACAAAAAGCCACUAGCAAAAGCCAGCGUUUUAACUGAUAUUGAACAAUCAACACCAGAAAGUCAAACGGUCGAUAGUCAGGAAGAACUUUCAUCACUAGUCAAAAAACACGAAACUACAUUCAGCAGUGUAAACGAACAACAAUCAACAUCGAUUAAACCAGUUGAUGAACAAGUCACCAAAAUUCCGACAAGUGAUUCGUCCACAUAUGAAAAGUCACAAACUACAUCCAACAUUUCAGCUAAUGAUGAACAAUCAACAUUAAGCAAGUUAGACAAAACUAUAACAACAAAACAAGAAGAAUCAACAAAUUUUCCAAUCACCACCACCACCACCACUACUACUACUACCGAAACAUCUGAACCAGAAAUCAAAAUACCAAUAUAUUCGGAAAUAGCAAAAAAAGCAUACGAAGAUGGAUUUAAAUAUCCAUACUAUGAUCUGUUGGAUGAAAGGGUAGAACUUAUGAAUAAAUGGAAAAUUAAAGAGGCAAAUUAUAAUUACAAAUUGAACGAUUUAGAACCACUAUCAAAAAAAAAUGUAGAGAAAAAUCAUGAGUAUCAAACACUCAAAAAAGAAUAUGAUGAAAAUCUAAAGGCAUUUCUUAAACAAGCAAAUGCUUUAAAUGACAAAAUAGAUGAAGCAAGAAAAAUAAUGAAAAAUGAUAUAAGCGAAAAAGAUAAAAGAAUUUUUAAACAAAUUGAACGGUUUGGAAAAAAAAGAAAUAAAACGGUGAAAAAAAUUAUAAAUGAACAUAUUCAGAAUCCGGGUUUUGUUGAAAAGUUAAAGAAAUUUUUCAAAUCAAAAGACAAACCAACAAAUGAAUUCAACUUAGAACAAUUCGAAUAUCAUAUUGAACCAACAUUAACCGAAAAUGAUAUUGAAAAUGAUUUAUUAGAGAAAUUUGAAGAACAAAUCGAACAACAACAACAACAAUCAAAAUUAACAUCAUUUUCGGAAAAUGAACAGAAAAAUAAAUCUGGUUUAGAAAGAGUGGUUAAGGGUAUUUUCAGAAUAAAAGAUAAAAAAACAAAUGAAUCCUUAGUGGUGUUAGAUCCAUUAGAAUAUCGUAUUGAACCAAUAUUAACCGAAAAUGAAAGGUACAUUCUAAAUCAAGCAAUCGAACAAAGUUCGGAAAAUAAAGAAUACAGAACUUCGAUUCUUAAAAAAAUGCUGGAACUUCAAAGUGCAGCUGCAAUAGAUAAAGCCAAAACGAAAGAGGCAAUACUAUUUAGAGAUGACUAUGUCAAAUCUUUAUACAAUCAAUUGGUGGAUGAAAAAUUUCCAACCGAUAAGAGUGAAAUUAAACCCAUUCUGACUGAUCAGGACAGAAAUUAUUUACAUCAAAUGAUUGAUACCUCGCAAUCAAAACAUAAAGAUUAUCAAAUUUAUAUACUUAACGAAAUUGAAGAAAUCGAACGAUCUAGACCUCUUACGGAAAGCGAUCGUAAUGAUUUAAAAGAAUUCAUUGAAAUAUUCAAAAAGAGAUUAUCUUUUGAAGGGGAAAAGCCUGAAUAUCCUUUAUCUAAAUUUAGGCGUAAAUAUGUGCCUGGUCCAAAUCCAACUAUAAGUGAGGAACAAGAAGAUUUUCUGUACUUUGAAUCUAUGAUUAAACCAAGAAUGUACAAUAGNAAA